AUGGCAGCAACGACGAGAGUCGGGAAAGCAAAGGUAAAGGAGCGAUUGCAGGCGGUCUACGUUGGACUUUUGACGUACUCGGUAUUUUUCACAGAUAUUCCACUCGGAUUUGACACGACACAUCUAAGUCAUGCCUACGACGGGAGAAGAGCUUUCGACGUGAAUUACUCAAAUGAGAUCAGAGACACAAGUCAAACUUUCGAGAUAUGGUGUUCAGAUGUUGUCGAGGAAAGCUAUCGACAUUCGAGUACUGUAUGUAUACAUCUGGAGGCGCUUCCUUUUCUCUCACCGCGCGUCAAACUGCUUUGCAUGCAUCCAAGGAGUUCUCAGCUUCUAGGAAAAGCACUACGGUGA